AUCGGGGUUGUAACGUUCCUGCUUCGAAGGCGGCGGUGGUCUUCAGACCGAGAGGAUUCCUUAACUUUUAGUUUCGUUGAGAUUUCACGCCAGAAGCUGCCUCAGGAUGUCUUCAUCACAUUUUGCCAGUCGACACAGAAAGGAUUUUAAGUACUGACAUGAUUAGAACCAGAAUGGCUCAUAGGAAAUCAAUGUCUCAGAAAGAAACAGACAUAAGGAAUAUGAACGAAAUAGACACUUUGGUUUGAAAGACAGCAAUAUUCCAAUCUUUAGAAGGUAGAAUUCUUGUUGAAUUGGAUGAAACAUCUCAGGAGCUUGUUCCGGAAAGGCCAAUGUCAAGACAAGGUCAACAAAAGCUGUUCUAGGUGAUCAACGAAAACAAAUGCUCCAAAAAUACAAAGAAGAAAAGCAACUUCAAAAAUUGAGAGAGCAGAGAGAGAAAGCUAAACGAGGAGUAUUUAAAGUGGGUCUUUAUAGACCUGAUAUGCCUUCUUUUCUUUUGUCUCUUUCAAACCAGAAUGCUCUGAAAACUGAGCCAAAAAAGGCUUUUCCUUCUUCUGUACGGAUUACAAGGUCCAAGGCCAAAGAUCAAAUGGAGCAGGCUGCUAAGGUUGAUAAUAGGAAUGAUGUUCAAAUAAUCCAACCUGGUCAAAGACUAACUUCUGAAAAGAAAGUGUUGGACAAAGAGAAAAAAGCUUUACAACCUGCAGUCCCUUCAUCAGUGAGAAUGACUCGGUCAGCUACUCAAGCAGCAAAGCAGACUGCCAAAGCAGUCUCAUCUACAACAAGAAAGCCAGUCUCAAGAGCUUCUAAUGAUAUUGAACCAGAAAGAAAGGCAUCAAAUAAAGGAAAACUUGUCAAAAAGACAGAAACAAAACUUGACAAGGAUAUUUCUUUUAAAAUUGAAAGAGAAGAGAAUACUUUGGAUUCCCAGACCGGUGCAACAAAUAGAAUGGAUCCAGAUGGAGUCUUAUUAAAAAUGGAAAGCUUACCUAAGACAAAUUCUGCAAAAAUGAAAGGGAAGAAUUCCUUUGCACCUAAGGAUUUUAUGUUUCAGCCACUGGAUGGUCUGAAGACUUAUCAAGCAACACCCAUGACUCCCAGAAGUGCCGAUGCUUUCUUGACACCCAGUUAUACCUGGACCCUUUUAAAAACAGAAGUUGAUAAGACUCAAGAAGCAACAAAAGAAAUUUUGGCACAAAAUUAUGAAACUUACUCUACUGAGACUGUACAGCAGGAUUCAAAUAAAUUACCAUGUCUUUUGGGUUCUCUCACAGCUUGGAAUGAAGAACAUGUCUUAAAUAAAAAUGAAGCCACUACUAAAAAUUCAAGUGGCCUUCUAAUAGAAGAAGUCAUCCCAUCACCUGAAAUAAAUGAAGGCCAGAUACUUCAGCCACAACAUGAUGUUCCAUAUUUCAGAAAUGUUCUCCAGUCAGAAACUGAGAAAUUAACAUCACACUGCCUUGUGUGGGAAAGGAAGCUUGAAUUGGACAUUCCAGAUGAUGCUAAAGAUCUUAUUCGCACAGCAGUUGGUCAAACAAGGCUCCUUAUGAAGGAAAGGUUCAAACAAUUUGAAGGACUCGUGAAUGAUUGUGAAUAUAAGCGAGGUGAAAAGGAGACUACCUGUGCAGAUCUGGAUGGAUUUUGGGAUAUGGUUAGUUUUCAGAUAAAUGAUGUAAACCAAAAAUUUAACAAUCUGAGCAAACUUGAGGAAACUGGAUGGCAAAACAAUAAUAACACAAGCAAAAAAGUCUUACGGAAGAAAGUUGUCUCUGGUGUAACGAGUAAACCAAAGAAGGAUGAUGGAAGGAUUGCAGCUAGAAAUCGCCUAGCUGCCAUAAAAAAUGCAAUGAGAGACAGAAUUAAACAGGAAGAACAUGCUGAAGCAGCAGCCUCUUUAAUACCAAAGGAAGUUGAUAAAAUAGUGUUUGAUGCUGGAUUUUUCAGAAUUGAAAGUCCAGUUAAAUCAUUUUCAGGACUUUCUGUCUCUUCUGAACAUCUUUCUCAAAGACUUAGAACUCCUAAAUCUGUCAGCAAAGCUGUGCCUCAGAGAAAGGUUGAGAUGGGCCUUCUAAGACAACCUGUGUCACCGGAGAAUCCUGAUCCUCAGAGUACCAAAAGUGAAUACCCUGUUGAUAAGAAGAUUUUGUUUCCAAAUAUUUCUGAAAACAGGAACAGUAUGGUAGAAGAUGCCCAGUGUCCUGGAUUUCAAAUAAACCAUGAUGCAAAUAAGAUAAACUUUGAGAUGGAUCGUUUACCCAGUGAAAGAAUGAAUUUGCUGCUACUUGCUGGUGAAAUGACAUAUAAUACUAAGAAAGAAGAAAUUUCAGAUGUCAUGGAGGGAAUGGAACUGAAUUCUUCAAUUAUAACACAGGAUGUUUCGAUGACUAGCCCUGAAAAAAUUACACCAUUACAAAAUAACAUCUCACAGGACGAAGAAGUUAAAAUUUCUUUAUGUCAGUCAGUACUAAGAGAUGAUACAAGUCUCACCACUGAAUGCCAGCUUCUUGGUUCAACAAGCCUAAACUGCAGUAAUCCAUUUACUCAUGUGGAAAGGAAACAUCAAGAGCAUGCCAGACACAUUUCCUUUGGUGGUAACCUGAUUACCUUUUCACCUCUAAGACCCUUCAGUGGAGAACAACCAGAAGAAUUUUGAAUUUAAAAGUAAAUCCAAAAAAUUUUCUGUUCAUAUUCUUGGUGUCAUGAUAAAUUUUGAAUAUUUGAAUAUUUGAAGAAUUUGUAGUUGUGUUAACUUCUAUUCAAUCCAUUUAUAUAUUGUCAUGUAAUGUUUUAAUAUUCAGUGUUCUUCAAAGUUUGUUUUAGAUAUGAUAUUGUUUCUCAAGGGAAGUUGGGAUAUUUUGUACAUUUACCAUGCAGAAUAAAAAAUUUGCU